AUGCCAGGAAGAUUGGAACGGAUAUGCCACGUAUGUGGGGCUGUUGGCUUCAACAACAGCGAUGAUGGCUACUUUUACUGUGUGCACUGCGGGUCCCAAGCUGAUGAUGUCGUUGCUACCGGCGUUGACGAGGAGGAUCUCUUUGAAAACUACUCUGCCAUUCACCGGCGUAUCCGUCCAAUUGCAUCGGAACCCAUAUCUCAGGUAAAACUCACCCAGUCUCAGCAUUUGGACCAUUAUGAAAUCCCGGAGGAUAAUAUUGAUGAUUAUGAUGGUGAUGGGAUUGGACCUAAUGGGCCGAGCGAUUUUGGAUCGAGUCAAAAGAAUUUGAAUUAUGAUGAUUAUUAUACUGAGAUUAGGAUGAGAUACACGAAGGGGUUUCAGAUUAUGAUCCAAUUGCAAUGCCAGGCUUUAGUUGAGAAGUUUAAUGUGAGUCCUUUGAUUGUUGGGAUUAUUGGGCCUAUUUGGUUGAGAUAUUUAGCUUUCACAAGGAUUAUGGCUGAUGAAUGGGCAGAUGAGGCCAUUCACGAAUCAGAAGCUCAAACACAAGGGGAAGGCAACGAAUUUGAGCUUAGUUCUAAGCCUGGUGUAGAACCGGUCAAUCUACUGGGCCAGCGUGCAGUAAUGAUAUGGUAUAGAUCUCUCAGCAGUGCAAUCCCGUUAUCUUAUUCUUUAGCCAUCUCUUUUCUAGUUUGUCAUUUGGCCAGAGAGGCAAUUUUGCCCACAGAUAUUUUAAAGUGGGCUAUUGAAGGAAAGCUCCCAUAUUAUGCCGCAUAUGUUGAAAUUAAGAAACAGCUUGGUUCUCACUCCAUGGCGGCUUGUCCUAUCAGUGUCAGUCGCAUGUUCAGACCCCUCCAAGUUGUUUCACCACAGAAAUUAGAAUCAAUGGCGGCUGAUAUUGCACGCAAAAUUCAAUUGGAAUUGCCUUCGGUAAACUUUUGUGCUAUAGCUUCUCGUUAUUGCAGGCAAUUAUCUCUUCCUACCAGCAAGAUACUUUCUGUGGCAUGCCACACUUGUGAAUGGUCUAUGCCUCCUGAAUUGUAUUUGUCGGCUAACGAGCUCAGGCUACCCGCACGAGUUUGUGUGAUGUCAAUACUCAUUGUUGCAAUAAGAAUUCUUUUCGAUAUUAACGGUUAUGGAAUAUGGGAAUCGAGUUUGUCUAGUUCCAUGUUUUCAUUAUCUCAGUGCAGAAGAAAUGGAGAUAACAAACAUCAAUGCUCUAGUAAUUUAACAGAUGAUACUAAGGACUUGUUAUUAAAUGAUUUAGUGCCUGAUGACGUUAAACCAGAUGUUCGGGAUGCUAGAUUGAGUGUUGUAGAGCUUUUAAAGAUUCUUGAAGAAAAAUACAAUGAGCUGGGUGAUGUAUACGAGUAUUCCCGAGACUUGCCUUCAUAUCUUCAGUAUUGUAAGGAUGUGGUUUUUUCGGGUUUACAACCAUCGUUUGAGGAUCAUGAAGAAGAGAAGUUGAUAGAGGAGUUAUGGGACAUCUAUCAAAAUUCGAAGGAUGCUGGAACUUCGGACGACGUAAAAGUCAGUGGCUUGCCCAGCAAAAGAUCAAGGAAUUUCAACGUUAAUAGAGAUGAGGAUAUUAAAAGAGUUUGGGAUGAUCCUAUACUGUGCGAGUCAUCUCAAAAGGGUAGUACACCACAUCAUCGACAUUAUGAAUUGCAAGAUAGCAUGGAUCAGAAUAAAUUUUCUAACAGUGAUCAAGAUCCAGCGCACGGAGUUCGACCUUCAAUGGAGUCCUAUAAAGAUAGAGCAAUAAGAGAUUUGAAGUCCGAUAUGGAAGAGAAUAGAUUUUGUUAUAUUCCACCUAGAGUUAAUAUCAAGAAUAAGGACUAUGUGCACUAUGUCAGGAAAAAGAAAGGAGGUACCUACAUAUAUGCUGUACAUGCAGAUUAUUAUAUCUUGCUUCGAUCUUGUGCAAAGGUUGCUCAGGUUGAUAUAAGGACUAUGCAUAAUGGGGUCUUGAGUUUUGAGAGGAGACUGAAAUGGCUGGAAAAGCGAAUUGAUCAUUCCUUGCACUUGAAACAAAAUUCUAAUGACUUUUGUGACUAUUGCUGCGAUGAGGUUGUGAAAAAUAUUGGAGAUGAUUCUAUGCCAUUUUCACAGUCGAAUACGUGA